AUGACGGAAACUAGCAUAACCACGCACAGCAGCACCAGCGCAUCCAGCAGCACCACUGUGGUCAGCACGUCAGCGAGCAGCACAAGCGCAAACAGCACCACGAUCGUUGCCAGCACUGGUGGGACCAUCAGCACCAGCACUGCAGAGAGCGACUCUCCGAACAGCGAGGCUGUAUCUCGAGUCGUCGGGUCGAUUGUGCUCCUGUUUGCGGAUCCAGACGUGGCCCGAGGCAGCCCAGACGCGGACAAGAUUCUGAUUGCUGUCGGCCUCACCAUCUCCGAGGUCGCGGGCGUCGAUGCCAGCCACGUCACGGUCUGGUUCGCGGAGGCCCGGAGACUCGCCACGGCCGCCGCGCGCCGGCUCCCCGCGGGCGCCCUGGAGGUGGAGUACGGCAUCGACGUGCCCGCAGAAAGCGCCGCUGCCGUGCCCGACGUUGGUGCUAUCGAGGCGUCCCUGGGCAACGUGGACGUCAGCUACUUCACGUCCCUGUUACAGCAGAAUGUCGACUCGAACGUCGGAGAGGACCUCUACUCGGUUCAGGUGCUGGCGAUCACGUCUUAUGCCAUCGGAGCUCCUGAUGCCCCCUUGGAAGUCUCAGACGACACUGAGAGUUCUUCCUCGACCACCGUCAUCUAUAUCAUCGUUGGAGUGGCGUUCUUCGUCGGACUUGAAAUUCCGAUCCUGGCGCUGUGUUGGCGUAUGCGCAGGCGUGCGAAUCAGCGUGAGGCGUCGCGUGAGAACCAGGAUCAGCUGCCUGAGGCGCCUGGCCUGGCGACUCACGAGCACGGUCAGGCCCGCGUGGAGUCUGGCCUGGUGGCUUUGGGGAGCGUGGUGGAGUUGCAGGGCUUCCGGACCAACCUGCACCUCAACGGCCACCGUGGUAAGGUCAUCAAGUGGAUGCCCGAUAGUGGCCGUUACGUGAUCGAGUUAGCCGACGGCACAGUCAAGGCCAUCUGGCCCGGUAACCUCAUGCUCGUGGAUGUGCCGCCGCCACAUGCCGACGACGUUCGGAUCGAGUUCGACAAGAAGGAGGAGCCAAGGGUGCAUCCUUCCAAGCCAGUUGUGGCGCCGUUCUUGGCCUCAGCCGACGAUGCCCUCAACCUCAGGCGGCCGCACGUGCUCCAGCCGAGGAGCGUGAUGCUGCAGUCGCAGCAGGCCCUGUUGCUCGACCUGGUCCCACAGCGAACGGCGCAGUGA